CUGGAGCGCGCAGAGCCCGGGGCCCGUGCGGAGUGACCCCGCGUGUCUGCCGCCGCCUCUCGGCUCGUGUUUCUCCGCAGAGCGGGCUCUCUUCGGGGAGGGGGCUGCACUGGCCUCAGGACCCCCGGCAGGCAGGGAGCUUUAUAAGCGCGGCGCACACGGCUGGAGGCAGGUACAGACAGCAAGCGGGACGGGAGACACUUCGAGUUUAUUGGAAAUCACUAUCUUUUUGGGUGUCUGCUGCCAGAGUCCUUGAUGUGUAAGGGGCUCUCUGCUAUACCCUCAUCAUGCCUGGAGAAGGCGAAGGGGAUGCGGGUGAUGUUAACUCACCUGACGGAGAAGCCGCACAAACAUAGAGCUCAAGAAGAGAAGACCGUACAUGACUUGGAGUCUCUGCUGAACAGCAAGUCUGGUCUGCAGGCGUUCCGCUGGUUCCUGCGCUCUGAGUUCAGCGAGGAGAAUCUGGCCUUCUGGCUGGCCUGCCAGGACUACAGAAGCUCCCCCGAGAGCAGACUGGCCGAGAAAGCCUCCAGCAUCUACACCCAGUUCAUCAACCCGGACGCCCCUCAGGAGGUGAACCUGGACAGCGAGACCCGGGACGCGCUGAUGUGUGUGAUGGACGAACCCGCCACCAACAUGUUCGACGAAGCCCAGCAGCGCAUCUACUGCCUGAUGGCCAAAGACUCGUUCCCCCGCUUUCUCCGCUCCCCCUACUGCAGGUCCACCCUCAGGGCACUGUGAGACCCCACUCGUGUUGAGGGAGCCCUGCAGUUGAAGCGUAAUGUUCUGAAUCACUUGUGAAGCAUCGAUUUAAAGAUCAGGUUAGCGCUGAUAGCACUGUGCUGGCGUAGGGUAGCUAAACGGUACCAUGCAGAUGUUAGCACUGUUGUGUGGAGCAAAGAUGUCUGGCUGACUUAUUGUGUUGGUGCUGUAAAAGUAAAAAGAUACAAAUGAAAAAUAAAUAUUAAAAGAAACUGGACUGGA